AUGGUCGUCACUGGCGUGGUCCACACUCCCGACAACGUUCAUGCCACUGCCGACACCAUUCUGAGAGGUAACGCUCUGGCCUCGAUGAGCGAACUGUUGCCUACGACCAUCCGGCUCGAAGGAACGGCUGUCAUGCAGGGGGUAUUCGUGCCCUGGCACACGCUCGCGGUCGUCAGGUGGGAAGUAACCGCGCUCGACACACUCACGGCCAUCGGGACGGUUCCAGCGCCCAUCAUGCCAGCCUCGACUGUCAAGACGACUGUACCGGGAGCCUUCAGGAGCAUUGUACCAUUCUCGGCUUUCGGGGCCCCUCUGUCAUCGUCCAUCCCAUCCCGAGUUGUCAUAGCCAGCGUAGUCACCACUAUUAGGGUGGAAGUAUGGGCGAUCAUAUCGACCACUAUCAGGAUGAUCGUGCCACCGGUCCGCUGGAACUUCGUACGGACCAUCGUCCAAGGGAUUGUAUUCGUGGCCAUCAGGGCGAAAGCGCUGAUGAUCAUCCCGGUGAAUGUUCGAGCGGCUAUCAGGAAGAGAGCAUUGACGAUUGUCUCGUUGGACAUUCAAGCGGACCUCGUGCAAGUGGUCUUCAGUGGGUACAUUUGA